UAUUAUUGGUACCUUUAAAAUGGAUCAAUCAUUUUCCUUGGAUGAAAAUGGUAAUCGGACUCCAUUCAAGGUACCAAAUGCAACCUCUACUCCCCGAAAGACCAAGAACGUUUCGAAAUUGGUUUGUCAGCACUGUGGCAAAACAUAUCAGCUCCAGUUUUAUUUCGAAAAACAUGUCGCCACCCACUCAAGUGAUUUCACAGCCCACGGAACAAACACUGCUGACUUAAAUGUCAGCAAUGCUGUGCAUAUUGACACAAGUAAUUUAUCGUUCAGUCAAUUGCAACCUGACAAUGCAUCGUUUAAAAUACCUAAUGCACCUCAAAAAAAGAAGAAAGUAGUCACGUCCAAAGUUAACAAGACAGCAGCCAAACUAAUCUGCACUUAUUGUUUGAAAGCAUACAUAUGCAAGCGUUCCUUCAAGACACAUUUGAGGACUCAUAUCAUUCAAAGUGCUGCUAAACGCUUUCCAGAUGGUAAGAAAAUUCUGGAGAACUGUGAGGAGAUAGCCGACAAAGCCUUGCUUGAAGUUUCAAAGUGCAUAAGUGUCGGGGAAAGUGGGCAGAGGUUCAAACACUUAGUGGGCCACAUUGCUGGUGUCGCAGGCAAUCAAGAAUGGAAGCUUUUUUGUCAUGGAUUGUGUGGGGAGCUAGUUGAUAGCAUUAAGGACAAAAUGUGUAUCCUUCCAUCCACUCUAGUCACUUACUUGAUAGAUAAACAUGAAAAAAUUACUUCUAGUUCUGAAACAUGUGAUGCUCUUCUUAAAUUGCUGAACUUACCUGAUGAGUUUGAGAGAAAUGUAUUGUACCAGUUCCUUUUAGAAUUAAGUCUUAUAUUUUUGUUGGAGAUUGUCAAGUUUAUUUCCAAGACAUUCCGCAGCACUCUACCUCAGAAGUUGCAAGUUGUUACAGAACUUGACAAAGAAGACAGACAAGUUAUUUAUUAUAUAGGUGGUUCAAUUAUGCGAGGGUACUUGAAGAUUGCAAGAAGAUCCGAAAAAAGUAAAACCUGGCAAAGUGUGGCUUCAGUAAUCAAGACCAAUAUUUUAAUGGACAAACCUGUUGCUGAUAUUGAUCCUGACUCAGAAUGGACAAUUAGUGUAGACAGGGGAAGUUUGCUUUACAUUAAUGCCGAAUGCCAAAGAUUUUUUGUUAAGUUGACUAAAGUUGUGUAUGCUAAUGAACAAUGUGAUGGCUCAAUAGAUUAUGACAAGGUCAUAACAUGUGUGACUAAUUCAGAACUCAGUGUGGAAUGGGGAACCAUGAUAGGUGAUUCAUUGCCGGAGACAGUUUCAGUAAAUCUCAUGAAUGAUGUGGUUCUGGGUUUGUGUAGAACAUGUGGCAGAGGCUUUGCAAAGAGGAGGCUAAAUGCUCUGAGAAACAGGCCCAUGGUGUCGAUGCCAACAAGACAUUUGGUUGCCAGUCGAAAGAAUCGUUAA